CCUGCCGCGCGGCGCGCCUCCUCCCGCGAUUCGAAACGGAAACCCUCGCAUUCCCCCACCCCCCCCUCUAGAAGCCUCUAGAAGCUUCUCCCUCCGCCUCCCCUGCGAGCCAUCCCCGUGCCCUGAGCGGCGGAGGGCGCGAAGCGACAUCGGGGGCGUCCGGCUGCAGCUCCACCGGUAAUUCCGCGCCGCGCCCCUAGAAAAUCUCGAUUCGGAUCGCUGAACGCUGUCGCGAUUUCGGGGGUGGAUUUGCUGCGGCCUCGCUGAUUCCUGGCGGCAGCGGGGCGCGCUGUUGCGGUCGUACAUGGAGCCCGUCGCCGCCGCGGGAACCGGGGGCGACGUGUCUGCCGACGGCCUCAUCGCCGAGCUGCUCGACAUGGGCUUCGACUUCGACGACAUCGCCGCGGCGGUCGGCGCCGUCGGCCCGCGCCGCGCGGAGGCGCUCGAGGUCCUGCUGGGUGGGUCCUGCGCCGGCGCGGGGCAGGCGAGGCGGGGAGGGGGAACGCCAAGCCGUCCCGCCUCGCGUGCAGCCCUGCCGCGGCCGGCUGGGAAGGGGACGCAAUUGAGGAACCCUAGGGGAAGGCUGAGGCAGUCCAGCAUUACCGAUCACAUUGCCUCAGGUGCUGGAAGUAGAAACGGGUCUGGUCGGGAAGCGAGCACUUCGUUUCCUUGUUCAGAGACUCCCGUUGAUCACAGGGUACCAGUGGGCGUUGAUGUUUGUUCCAAGCUUGGACCUGAAUUGCAGUCUUUGGUUGAGAACUUGGGAGCCGAUUGCAGCCACAAGGACAAAAUUACUGCUGUGUUGCAAAAGCAUUUCGGAUUUUCCUCCCUAAAAGGCUUCCAAAUGGAAGUUUUGGAUGCUUGGUUCGCGCACAAGGAUUGUCUUGUUCUAGCAGCUACAGGAUCGGGAAAAUCCCUUUGUUUUCAGAUCCCAGCUCUACUAACUACAAAGAUUGUGGUGGUGAUCUCACCCUUGAUAAGUCUAAUGCAUGAUCAGUGCAUGAAACUUGCAAAGCAUGGGAUAUCGGCAUGCUUCCUUGGAUCAGGACAACCUGAUAGUCGUGUUGAGGGUAAAGCAAUGGCUGGCAUGUAUAAGAUUGUUUAUGUUUGCCCUGAGACAGUAUUAAGACUAAUGGAACCUUUGAAGAAACUUGCAGAAAAGCCAGGAAUUGCACUUUUUGCCGUUGAUGAGGUUCAUUGUGUUUCUAAAUGGGGUCACGAUUUUCGACCUGACUAUAGGAAAUUAUCUGUGCUGCGAGAAAAUUUCAAUUCCACCAAAUUGAAGUUCUUGAAGCAUGAUAUUCCUGUGAUGGCGUUGACAGCUACCGCAACUAUUCCUGUACGAGAAGACAUUGUCAAGUCCUUGAAAAUGUCAGAAGAUACAAAAAUCGUGUUGACUUCCUUUUUCCGUCCAAAUCUCCAGUUUAGUGUAAAGCACAGUAAAACUUCUGCCUCAUCAUAUAGAAAGGACUUCCAAGAACUGAUAGGGACAUAUAAUGCAUCAAGGAAGUUUAAAGGGAAAGAAAAUCAGCUUCUUCAUGAAAUUGACCCUGGCUCUGAAAGCAGUUCAUAUGACUCUCUGAACGAUAGUGCAUCAGAUGAUGAAGAUUCAAAUAUUGAUUCUGCAAGCUGUGGGGAUAAGAAUGUUGGAAAAACAAAAACUGGCAUGCCUUUGGUAAAAGAAAACACUGAAAAUCAGUUGGAUCUGUAUCCAGGAGUUGAUGAUUUUGAUGUUUCAUGUGGCGAAUUCCUUGAGGGCUCGCAAUCUGAGAGCUCUGCCUUUCCUGCUCAAUCCAACGAAGCCAGCUUGUCAGAAUGUUUGGAUCAAGGUCCUACAAUUGUUUAUGUACCCACAAGGAAAGAAACUGUCGAACUAGCUAACUUCCUUUGCAAAUCUGGUGUCAGAGCUGCAGCAUAUAAUGCAAAGAUGCCUAAAUCUCAUUUGAGGCAGGUGCAUCAGCAGUUCCAUUGCAAUGGCUUGGAGGUUGUGGUGGCUACCAUAGCAUUUGGCAUGGGAAUUGACAAAUCAAAUGUCAGGAGAAUUAUUCACUAUGGUUUCCCACAGAGUUUAGAAGCAUACUACCAAGAAGCCGGCCGUGCUGGUAGAGAUGGAAAGCUCUCAGAUUGCACUCUGUAUUGUAAUUUUUUGAGAGCACCAACACUCCUUCCUAAUAAAAGAAGCGAGGAACAGACAAAGGCUGCAUAUAGAAUGCUACGUGAUUGUUUUCACUAUUCUUUGAACACUUCAACAUGUAGAGCCAAAAUAUUAGUGAAGUACUUCGGAGAGGAAUUUGGUCCUGAUAGAUGUGACAUGUGUGACGUUUGUAUUAAUGGCCCUCCUCAAAUGCAUGAUUUCAAGGAAGAAGCAAUUGUGUUCAUGAAUGUCCUUCAGGGUCGAAGUGGUGAUGAAACUGAAGAUAUGAUUUACAACAGUGUACCCCAUUACAGAUCUGGCCGGAGAAGGUUUGGGAAAGAACCUAAUUUCAGAAUGGUUGUCGGUCAUAUACGGGAAAAGCUUCCUAGGUACGUUGCAACUGACAAGAUCUGGUGGCAAGGUCUUGCUCGUAUAUUAGAAGGCAUGGGAUACAUACAGGAAGCAGCUGGAAAGCCUCGCGUCUCAAUCCAGCAUCCGGAGCUGACGGAAGACGGGCUGAAGUUCCUGAACUCGCGAUCCGAGGAGCCCCUGCCCGCACACCCGGACGCAGCUAUGCUACUGGCGAUGAACGACCCACGACCCUUCUCUGGUUCCUCCGAGUGGGGCAGGGGCUGGGCCGACCCCGAGAUCCGCCGGCAGCGCCUCGCGGGCAGGAGGGCCGGGCGAAGGAAGAGGACGCGACGCUCCGGCGGGUCCGGCGGGCAGCACCCGACGCCGACGAGCUUCACCACCGCGAGGGAGAGGCUGGCCGCGAUCCUCUCCAAGAAGCGGCGGAGGUGAUGCUGCUGCAAGGAUUGUCGGAAGUACCCUUUUUCUGCAGGGAAACCCCCAGCCAUGACAAGGACACUGUUGCCUGCUCCCUGACCCCGACCUGACCGGAGACGAGUCGUGCUCAUGCAGCGGCCCCGAACAAGCAGCCAGGUCCGAGUCCUCUCGAAACAGUUCCCUCUCUUAACGUGAGCCGGAAGGAUUACGCGCAUGUUCAGGCAUUAUCUCCGCCUAUGGGAGGCGGCUGGAGCCUGCAGCAGGCUUGGCUAGGCUAGGCUAGGUGACCCCAGCCGACCGGUCCGUUCAUCCGUCGGAGACAUUCAGAGCCGCUCGCUCACGCACCGUCGGUUUGGCUGAUGGAAUGGAAGCUGCGACGGCAAGCGUGGGCGGGCGUCGAGGGGGAGCGGGGAGCCGGGGACAGGCAGGGCGGCAGGCGCUACAGCGGCGGCCGCUGUGGGCUGUGGCUGCAAUGCAGAGAAAGACUGGUAGGUCGGGCUUGCUUUCUUUUCGGUGGUGGUGAACUGGUGGGCGGGCGGGCGGUAUUGGGCCUGUGCGAGUGGGGCCGCGUCGGCCGCGUGAUCGAGUGAGCCGUCUAAUCCAGAGUCGAGGAGAGCGCUGUAGCGUGGUGUUGCGUCGCCUGGGCUGCUGUAGCGAGGCCGAGACAAAGCGUUUGCGCGGUUCCAAGGCUAGAGGUGUCAUCUCACAGAUUACAUGCUGCUAGCAUGCAAGUACUUAACAACAACCUGCUGGAUCUCGCGCAAGAAAAUUCCAUGACCAGAGGGACCUUGUAGGGAGUAGCAGGCUGCUGUGACGGCCGGAGGGGAGGAAUUGCCUGCAGGUUAUAUUUCGCACAGCAUGUUUGACGCCUCAGAAGUAGGCAGGAGGCAAGGGGAGAUUCGGAGCACGCGGCAGGCGGGUGAGGUGGCGUCCUUAUAGUUUUCUCUCUUUUUUUUCCAAGGUCAAAGGUUUAGAGUAUUGCCAAAAAUAAAACUGA